ACGGUUGGGGGGAGGAUCCAUCCACGUAAUGCAAAGGCAAAUACACGUUCGCUUUUCCUCCUUCAGCCGCGGCGCAUCAGCAGUAAUGAAGCCGCAGCUCCGGAGAUGUCCCUGGCACAUUCGCGCACAGCCCGGAGAAUAGACAGAAGACGAAGAAGGAGAGCGCGCACACUUCCCCUCUCUUCCGGACGUUUUGCCUCUUUUAUUUUGUUGCUGCGGCGGGGAAAGGUGGAGGAGUGACUCUUCGUACAGCCGACGCCGUCAUCGCGAAGACUAGAGGAUGAACAGCAUAAGACAGGUGCCCACUCGGGUGAAAUCCAGGCGGACUGAGGCCAACCUCGGAGCGGAGAGGGAUCAUUUUGACAAGCAGCAGCUCAACAGCAUCAGCAAAGCCAUCACCUCCACCGAGACGCCUGUGAAGGAGAAGCAUGCCCGACGAAUCAUUCUGGGGACUCACAGGGAGAAGGGAGCCUACACCUUCUGGUCCUAUGCUCUGGGCUUCCCCCUGGCCAGCAGCUCCAUCCUCAGCUGGAAGUUCUGCCACGUACUGCACAAAGUCCUGCGAGACGGGCACCGCAAUGUCCUACAGGACUGCAUGAGACAUCACAGUUCUCUUGUAGAAGUCGGGAAAAUGUGGGCCCACCUCCAUGACAGAUACGGACAGCUAGUGGCUCUCUAUACCAAGCUGCUCUGCACAAAACUGGAGUUUCAUGCUAAGCAUACGGAUAUCCCACCGAACCUGGAGGUCACAGAUGAAGUCCUGGAGCGCACCGCAGGAACAGACAUUAAUAAUGUGUUCCAGCUCACAGUGGAGGUGUUUGAUUACCUGGACACGGAGCUGCGGCUGGCAGAGACAGUGAUUCGACAGCUCAACACAUCCAUUGCCAUCUCCACUCUCACAUCGGGCCAGUGUCGCCUGGCUCCACUCAUCCAAGUUAUCCAGGACUGCAGCCACCUCUACCACUUCACCGUCAAGCUGCUGUUCAAGCUGCAUGCCUGUCUCCCUGCUGAUACCUUGCAAGGACACCGGGAACGAUUCCACGACCAGUUCCACAGCCUUAAGACCUUCUUCAAUAGAGCCAGGGACAUGCUCUACUUCAAGAGACUCAUCCAGAUCCCCAAGCUGCCUGAUUCCCCACCCAACUUCCUGCACGCCGCCUCACUGGCCAAACACGUGAAGCCAGUGGUGGUCAUCCCCGAUGAGGACGAGCCGGAGCAACAAGACGACGAUGACGACGACCCCGAGCCGCUCAUUGAGGUCAGCGAAGUCUCAACACCCAGCUUACAGCCACAGCAGCAGCAGCUGGACAUAUUUGAUCAGGCAUUUGGACCUCCGAAUGGAGGCUUUGAUGACAGGGAUCUUCAGAUCGAGAGCCUGAAACGGGACCUGGAGCUGCUGAGAGCAGAACUGGAAAGAGUGAAAGCAGAGGCUCAGCGCUACAUCACGCAGCUCAAGUCCCAGAUCAACAGUUUGGAGGCAGAGCUGGAGGAGCAGCGUGCGCAGAAACAACGCGCCCUCGUGGAAAAUGAGCAGCUGCGCAUGGAGCUGGAGGCAACACGCCGCCGAAACGCAGACCACGAGAGCUUGCAGACCACCUUCAUUGAGGCCGAAAAAAGGGCACAGGCCACUGAGCAGCGGUACAACAAGCUGAAAGAGAAGCACACGGAGCUGGUGGCCAGUCACGCUGAAUUACUUCGGAAGAGUGCAGACACGGUGAAGAUGCUGUCGGUAACCCAGCAGACACAGGAGGAAGUGGAGAGGACCAAACAGCAGUUGUCCUUUGAGGUGGAUCGGAUAAAACAAGAAGCAGACAUGAAGUUGGAGGAGCAGAAGUUCGAGAUGGAGAAGCUGAAGAGGGAGCUGGAGGAGAAGAUGGCAGAAAUGGUGCGGAUCCGGGCGACUUUGCAGAGCAGCGAGAAGACGUCGGAGCAAGUGAACAGCUCAAUGACAGCUCUGCAGGCAGAGAAGGAGCGCUUGAUGCGAUCCGUGAGCGAGAAGGAGGCGGAGCUGUCGUCUCUGCGGCAGUCCGCGCAGCUGCAGCAGUCGUCGCUUCAGCAGGAGCGAGAGAAGAGCAGCAGGGAGCUCGGGGAGCUGCAGGGCAAACUGCAGGAGAAGACGAGUCAAGAGCAGCAGAUGAAGGCGAAGCUUCUGGAGGAGCAGUUUUCUCUUCUGCAAGGCACCAUAACAGAAGCCGAGAACAUCAUCCAAGAUGCUGUUGCCAAGCUGGACGAUCCCCUUCAUAUACGCUGCACCAGCUCUCCAGAUUACCUCAUAAGCAGGGCGGAGGCCACACUGGGCUCCAUUGACAAAGUGAAAAAGGGCCACGCAGAUUAUCUGAAGAACAUGGGGGAUGCUGGAGGGCUGCUGAGGGCACUGACCCAGUUCUCCCACUUGACUGCGGACACAAUUAUUAACGGCAGCGCCACUGCGCACAUGGCACCCACUGACCAUGCAGACCGACUGACGGAGAACUGCAGAGGCUGUGCCACCGAGAGUCUGCAGUACUUGAAGGAGCUGAAGUCCAAGACCACCCUCCAGAGGGCCGACCCAGCCUCUAUUCGCGUAAUCAUUCAGAAGAUCCUGCACUUGGGCCAGGAGCUGCGGCCGAAAGGCAUGGACAUUCGUCAGGAUGAGCUGGGAGAUCUGGUCGAUAAGGAGAUGGCAGCGACAUCAGCAGCUAUUGAGGAGGCAGUUCGCAGGAUUGAUGAAAUGAUGAAUCAGGCACGAAAGGACACGACAGGAAUUAAACUGGAGGUCAAUGAAAGAAUCCUCUUCAGCUGCACUGACCUCAUGAAGGCCAUCCGCAUGCUGAUCAUAUCAUCCACAGACUUGCAGAAAGAGAUUGUCGAGGGUGGGAGGGGCGCGGCCACCAUUAAAGAGUUCUACGCCAGAAACUCUCGCUGGACUGAGGGACUCAUCUCGGCUGCCAAGGCAGUAGGAUGGGGAGCCACGGAGAUGGUAGAGUCUGCUGAUAAGGUGGUGCUGCACACAGGCAAAUAUGAGGAGCUGAUCGUCUGCUCUCAUGAGAUCGCUGCGAGCACUGCACAGCUGGUCGCUGCCUCAAAGGUGAAGGCAGAUCGCAACAGCAAGAAGCUGUCGGUUCUCCAGCAGGCUUCCCGCCAUGUGAACGAAAUGGCGGCUAACGUGGUGGCCUCUACAAGGACGGGCCAGGAGCACCUGGAGGACAAAGACACGAUGGACUUCUCUGGCAUGUCCCUCAUCAAGUUGAGAAAGGAAGAAAUGGAGUCACAGGUGAAGGUGCUCGAACUAGAAAGUCAGUUGGAGAACGAGCGCCUGCGUCUGGGCGAGCUGAGGAAGAAGCACUACGACCUGGCCGGAGUUCCCCCAGAGCUUCCUGAGGGCAACGGUGAAACCUCCUCACUGGUCCAACCUGUCUCUAUGUCACCGAAACCCACCAAGCCCGCCCUCUCGAAGAAACCUGCGCUGGCCCAGAAACCCCACAUCCCACCCAAAUCUAUGUUUAAGUAAGUGUUUGAGCAGAAGAUGGGAGUUCUUCACUACACGGUGGCUGGAUUGAGAAACAGAAAGAUGGCCUUUUUUUGAGCAUACAGUUCCUUUAAGUGGCAUGCUGACAAUCUUCUGUCUCAUCCUGCUUCUUGUUUCUUUUAUUUCAUUUUUUUUGUUGUUGUUGUUGUUUGCCAAAAUGGAUCAGAAGUCAGAUAUUGGACACUUGAUGCCUGUAAGGAUAACGCUGUCUUCACAUCUUGUCUUUUAAAAAGAUAACACAUCCAAGGCAUAUAACAUUUUUUUUUAUUAUUAUUUCAAUAUUUGGCGUCAGGAACAAAAAGGCUAAAUUAUAUAUACUUUUAGGUUGCUAUUUUUUUUCUGCAUUACUAACUGUUUUAAAUGAUCAAGCACUACUGCUCCUUUUUUAGAAUGUAAACGCCGAUGAAGACCAUGAAUGGACAGCGUAUCUUGUGCUUGUAGGUCACUAGAUCUGAUCAUGCCCUGGACAGCCUUCUUUUUUUUUGCACACCGUUUGGGACAUUCAUCACAGAGCACAUCACAUUUUUCUUAACGUACACUUUCAUACUAUUUAAGUUGUGGUGGGGGAGAAAAAGGUGAAUCACGUCAUGCGUGUCCACGUUGCUGCAAGUUUUACAUACCUCCCGCUUUGCCUUCACAAUGUCCCUCUUUUGUGCAAAACAUCUUUCAUUGUCAACAGUAGAAGAUUGUCUCAGUUGCCUUGAAAUGUGCUGUACCGAUGCAUUAAAUAAUACCUGUAAAGGCACACAGUCUGUAUAGGCGUGUACAACUCACACCAAGUAUAAUUUAUAUCUACACUCAUCUCUUGAAUGUCCCUUUACUAGAGAAGAACCUGGAUAUCUUAUAGGUAGAUGUAAAGCUUGCACACAAAUAUUGGAUGUAGGUGUCCUUAAUUAUCAAAUUACACCUUUAGGCUGAAGGUGAAGAUUUAGGGUUUAGUUUAUUAUCAAUAUCAAGGUGUUUCAAGUCUUCUCUGCCUCUGGGAUCUUUUUUCUUACAGGGUCUUAAAAUGCAUCUUUUUAUGUUCUGUCCUUUCCUCUGUACGAAAUGUCUUUAUACACUCAGAUCUAUUAAUAUAUAUUUUAGUAAAGAUAUACUGGUGGUUUCUCCUUGUAAGAAGUGUAAAUGUAAGACAAAUGAACAAUAAAUGUUUGAUUUUAA